GGCCCCUGGGCAUGGGUAAAGACUAGAAGGGAUACAGCUACCGCCAGUGUGCAUGCGCACUUCAAUUCUUCAAUAAUUUUUGUCACGCUGAACAACAGUUAAGUACUAUUUUUAUUAUUCUAAGGUUAUGUUUAGAGUUGGGGUAGGUGUAAGCGUUAGCUAAUGUAAUUUAUUGUAAUUUUAUGGCGAGACUUUGCAUCACUUCCGGCCGUAGCUGUUUCCCUUCUAGCCACAACCGCAUGUCUGUCCGUUGCUAUGCGCCCGUUUAUGAAAGACUUGCGUUUUCUUCGUGGAUACGCCAUGCACAUGAUCACAUAUAAAAUAAAUUUAACAUUUUAAGGACAAAACGAAGGCGAUAAACGAAACCGAUGCAAAGUUUACCAUAGCAACCAUGGCGGAGACGAGAGAGGACAGUAAAACCGAAGCGGAACUUGUCGAGGAUUUAAAACGCUGUAAUGCAGUGCUACAAGCAGAGAUCGAUUUGUUUGAACGCUAUACUAGUAGGAUGGAUCUACGGGCUGAAUCAGAGAUCGCAUCACAGAUGGGAACGAGUGGAGGAAAGAAGCCCAGAGUACAGACUCCAGAGAGACAACAACUGCUCACACUCGAGCAGAAAUGUGCCGUCGCCCAGAAUGUGCACAAACAACUGAAUGAAGAUCUGAAGAGAUUACAAAGCAAUUCGGAGAGAGUGCUGGACAAUUACAAGGCAACUCUUGAAGAAGCCGAUGUUCACUUGGCAGAGGUUAAAAAAGAAUGUUGCCAGUUUGAUCGUGACAUUGGUAAAGCACUGUGGGACAAGCCGAGUUUGAUGAGGGUUGAGAAGGUUAUCAGAUACAUCGAGGACAGAAUAAAAGCCAAGGAUAACCUGAUGGAGAAGUUGGAUCGGCAGAAUGCAGCGCUCCUCGCACACAAGAGAAAACUGCACCUCCAACUAAAAAUACAGGAGAAGAUGGGUAAGGGCCUGACGGCUUUGGACUUUGAACAGCUCAAGAUUGAGAACAUCAGAUCUCGGAAGCAACUGGAUAAACAAAACCACAAGCAUAUGGAUCUCAAACUUCUCGUGGGCAAGACAUUGCAGGCUAUGAACUCUAACAAGGAAAACCUUCAGACCUUGACACAAGAGUCAGAUGCGCUAAGCGGUGACAUUGCUUCACGCAUCAAGUUAAUGGUUAAAAUUGAGGAGGAGACCAAGCAAGCAGAAGAGGAGCGAAGCAAAGCUGAGGCUUUGAACAGGAAGUUAAGGGACCAGUUGGCUGACUUUCAAGUACCACAUGUUCUGAAGUAUAUUGAAGUUAAAGACUCCCACAGUCAGUUGGAGAAGAAUGUAAGAGCAUGGGAACGCAAGGUGGAGAUCGCAGAGAUGGCAUUAAAAACACACACUAAAGCGUGGGACAAGCUUCGAAUGUCUGCAGGAGCCGGGUCAGCGCGUGCAUGAGGAACAACCAUAAAGGCAGAAGAAUUGUGAUUUUUUUGCU